AUGACGAGGUCUCUACUCAUUUUCGUAGUACUUCUUCUUUCUUCACAAGUAUACUGUGGCCUCAACAAUGGAGCAUCUUCGAAAGAUGUUGGAGGUAGAAAACGACAGAGCGGGGGAAUCGAUGAAAACAUUCCAGUAAUUGAGAUUCGCGGGGAAGGAGCACCGAUGAGUUCUGCUCAAAUUAGGCAUCUAGAAGAGAUGGAUAAUGGUGGGCCACUGGAUAUCAAGAUCGAAAAGACAUUUGUUCCAGCCAAAUGCACAAAUCAAGCUAAACGGUUAGACUUCAUCACUUUCCAUUACAAGGUAUUCACUGAAGACAACAAGAAAGUCUACCAAACAUAUGGCACGGGACCAGUCACUAUUCAACUUGGAACUGGAAUGAUUAUGCCUGGAUUGGAUAAAGGUCUGAAAGGAAUGUGUCCAGAAGAACUUCGUAAAAUCCGUGUUCCGUAUCGAAUGAGCCGAAAAAGCAAGAGUAAAGUUUGGAAACAUAUUCCAAAUGACGAGAAUUGGCUGAUUUUCAACAUUGAAAUGAUUGAAAUUAAACCGUAUUCUCCGGAAAUUCAAUUCAAGUUCCUUGAUUUGAAUGAAAACGGAAAACUGACAAAUCAAGAAGUUCAAGAUUUCCAGAAGAAAAUGAAAAAAGAAUUCGGAAAAACGUGGAAAAAUGAGAACAUUGAUAAUGUAUCGGCAGCUGCAUACUACAUUAAAUAUUUUGAUGUGAAUGGAGACGGAGAUGUAACUGAAAAAGAAUGGUUGAAAAUAAUGGAAAGAGAUCUAAAAUUGAUAAAUGAUAGCAAAACGAAAGAAAAAGGAAGAAAAAGAGAUCCAGGAAUCGGAUGGAUUCUCGAUUUCAACAACGACGGAAUUGUUUCUUACAAGGAGAACGACGAAGCCGAUGAAAGAUUUGAAUCGGGUCCGACACUUUUGCCGACAGAAUCGAAGGAUGAACUUUAA